AUCGUCUCGGCCGUGCACUACUGCCACCAGAAGAACAUCGUGCACAGGGACCUCAAGGCCGAGAACCUGCUGCUGGACGCCGACGCCAACAUCAAGAUCGCCGACUUUGGCUUCAGCAACGAGUUCUCGCGGGGCUCCAAGCUGGACACGUUCUGCGGCUCGCCGCCCUACGCCGCGCCCGAGCUCUUCCAGGGCAAGAAGUACGACGGGCCCGAGGUGGACAUCUGGAGCCUGGGGGUCAUCCUCUACACGCUGGUCAGCGGCUCGCUGCCCUUCGACGGACACAACCUCAAGGUGACCGCCCAGAGCCCGGGGGCACCGCCUG